UACGUGGGUGUAAUUUGAAAAUGAUUCUGGAAUUGUUACAGUGUUGUCAAACUGUUGUAACUGUCAGAUGUGAGUGCGUGGACCAAUGAGAAGAUUCCACAACACGGUGUAAAAGCAAGCACACGUCGGUCGGUUUUUAUAUAAAAAUUUGGAUUUAGUGUGGGAGCAGAGGACACGACAGUGGUUGUGGUUGUUUGUAUGGAGUUAUAUUAGUAUAUAGUGAAGAGUCGGUCGUCGCAGUCGUCGUGUUUUGUAGAGUGUUAAAAUGUUGUAUAGUUGGUUAGUAGUUUUAGCGGUGGCCCUCCUCGCCGUAAGGGCCCAGGCUAUUUACUCGUCCGGUUCGAGCGUGAUCGACCUUACGCCAAGCAACUUCGAUAGGCUGGUGGUGAACAGCGACGAGAUCUGGAUCGUCGAAUUCUACGCCCCGUGGUGCGGCCACUGCAAGCAACUGGUGCCAGAAUAUCAGAAGGCCGCGACCGCCCUCAAGGGUGUCGUCAAGGUGGGCGCCGUCAACGCCGACGAGCACAGGAGUAUCGGUGGCCAGUACAGCGUACAAGGCUUUCCGACCAUCAAGAUCUUCGGUGCCAACAAGCAAAAACCGGAGGACUUCAACGGCGCCAGAACCGCCGACGCUCUGAUCGAUGCCGCCCUCGCCGCGAUAAAGAGCAAGGUUAAAGGUAAACAUGGUUCAUCCUCUGGUGGAUCAUCCGGUGGUGGAUCGGGAAAUGCCGACGAUGUGAUCGAGCUGACGGACAGUAACUUCGAUAAAUUGGUUCUGCAAUCGGAGGACAUGUGGCUCGUCGAGUUCUUCGCCCCAUGGUGCGGUCACUGCAAGAAUCUGGCACCUCACUGGGCUAAAGCCGCCACCGAGCUUAAAGGUAAAGUUAAACUCGGCGCUCUGGACGCGACGGUGCACACUUUGAAGGCGCAGAAAUACGGAAUCCGCGGUUAUCCGACCAUCAAGGUCUUCGCACCUGGCAAGAAAGAUUCCGACUCGAUGCAGGAGUACGACGGUGGGCGUACCGGAAGCGAGAUUGUCAAUUGGGCGAUGGAUAAACUUGCAGAGAACAUCCCCGCCCCCGAACUGAUCCAAGUGACAGAUAAGAAGGGAUUCACAGAUGGUUGCGACUCUAAACCGCUCUGCGUGGUAACAGUAUUGCCGCACAUCCUCGAUUGCCAAGCCGAGUGCAGGAACACCUACAUCAAACUGUUGAAGGACAUGGGUGAAAAGUACAAGAAGAAGAUGUGGGGUUGGAUAUGGACGGAGGCGGGUGCUCAGCCGGAGCUGGAAAACGCCCUCGACAUCGGUGGAUUCGGAUAUCCGGCGAUGGCAGUUGUCAAUGCCAAGAAGAUGAAGUACUCCAUUCUUCGCGGUUCUUUCAGCCGCGAUGGACUCAACGAGUUUCUGAGAGAUCUUUCGUACGGUCGUGGAAACACCGCUCCGGUGAAGGGUGCAGAGCUUCCAAAGAUUUACAAGACUGAGCCGUGGGACGGCAAGGAUGGUGAACUGCCGCAGGAGGAGGACAUCGAUUUAUCGGACGUCGAUUUGGACGAGAAGGAUGAGCUGUAAACAAAAAACAAAAAAUAUAUGCAGCGAUUCAAUUUUUACUACCCUCAGGCUUGUUGUAAUUAACUUUAAAAACAACAACAACAACAACAAUUAUCGUGUACAAUACCUAAUUAAUAUUAGAACUUU